CGCACGGCGCGGCCUGGGCGUGGGCGCGGGCCUGGCCCGGGUCUGGCGGGCGGGGGGGCGGCGGCGGCAGCAGCAGCGGUGGAACCAGCGAGGGGGUUUCCCUUCCCGGCCUGGCCCCGGCUCUCCGGGGGACGCUGUGAGGAGCCCCACUGAGGUGCCUCUCGCCGCCCUCCAGGAUGUGGAAGCUGGUGCCCGCCUCAGGAGAAGGAGAGCCUUACCGGCUUCUGAGUGGUACAGAGUAUGUUGUUGGUCGCAAAAACUCUGCAAUUUUAAUUCAGGAUGAUCAGUCCAUUAGUCGAAGUCAUGCUGUCCUCAUAGUAAGUUGUCCUGAAACAACCACUACAGUCCCUGUAUUAACAGUAAGAGAUACAUCUAAGUAUGGUACCUUUGUUAAUGGAUCAAAACUUGAUGGCACUUCAGUGUCUUUGCAGUCUGGUGACAGAAUCAACUUUGGAGUCUUUGAGAGCAAGUUUAGAGUAGAGUAUGAACCUUUGGUUGUCUGCUCCUCGUGUUUAGAUGUAGCUCAGAAAACUGCUUUAAAUCAAGCCAUCCAGCAGCUUGGAGGCCUUGUGGUGAAUGAAUGGACAAAAGACUGUACUCACCUUGUAAUGGUAACAGUAAAAGUUACUGUUAAGACUAUAUGUGCUUUGAUUUGUGGUCGACCAAUUAUAAAACCAGAGUUUUUUAUUGAAUUAACCAAAGCUAUUCAAUCCAGGCAACAGUUGCCAAAUCAUAAAAGCUUUUAUCCUCCAGUUGAUGAGCCUUCCAUUUGCACUGAAAAACUGGAUUUAUCUGAGCAUCAGGAGAGGAGAAAGAUAUUCAGUGGGAAAACUUUUGUAUUUCUAACUGCCAAGCAGCACAAGAAACUAGGUCCAGCAGUUGUUCUUGGAGGAGGGGAAGCAAAGUUGAUGACAGAAGGCAAAAAAGAAACAUCUUUGUUAGUUUCUCCUGAAGUCUGUGUUGUUGAUGUGGGCUUGACAGACUCUCAAAUACCAGGAUGUGACUCCGUGAGAAACUGGGCUGAUUCCAUUCUGACCAUCUUGCAAAGCAAGGAUCUCAGGGCUAUUCCUGAGGCAGAAAUUGGAUUGGCAGUUAUCUUCAUGUCUACAGAAAAAUACUGCAACCCUCAAAAUCAGCCUGGCAGCAAAGCUCCAACUAAAAAUACUCCUGCACCAGCUGCUUUAGGGCGAGCAAUUUCUCAGAGUUUUGGUGUGGAUGAAACCAUAAUGCCAGCUGAUGCAGAUAACAGCACAGCAUAUGUAGCUGAUACAGAAAUAGGAGAGCAGACAUGUAUGGAGAUAGAGAAUACUCCUCAGAUGGACAGAAGAGGGAAAGUGGCUCUCCAGGAUACAACUGCUCUGAAGAAAAACUCUAGCACAAGUGGCAGUGUAAAUGCAGGGACAUCAGUAUCUAGAAUAAACAGAACACCUGGGUUUAGUCAAGAAAGUCAUCCUGUCUCAACAUCCAAAUUUUCAGAAGCUGUGAAGCAUAGUGAGACCUCCUCACGUCACCAGUCCAACUCAAUUACAAAUUACUUCCAGGUAGCCAGAAAAAGGGAAAGAACUGGAGAAGAGGAAACAUCUGUACCAAAAGCAGCAAAACUGGAGAAAAAGUCAUUGCCUGUUUCCAAAUGCACUGAACCCACAGCUUCAUCACUGUGGGACACUGGAGCAGAACAGCAUCAAAAGGAAAAUAAUGUCCCAGACCCAAACCCAAAUUCUGCAUUAGAAGACUCAGGUACAGAGUUUACAAGGGAAUGUGGCAAAGCAGCAAGUCAUAGAACAGACACUAAAAUUAUUUCUAGUGAAAAGCAUGCAUCAAAGAAGAGAAAAGAGUUUGAUGACUUAUCUGAAGAUACAGAGGCACUAGAAAUUGUGUUUGGAAGCAGAGACCUAGACUGGGAAGAUCAAAUGACAGAUCAUGACCAGGAAGCUCAAGGAAAUACACGAAAAAAAAGAUGUUUGGAAGCCAAAGGAAGCAGAGUUCAAGAAGUAAAUGUAAAGCAGAGAGAAGAGAAUAAAAUGGUAAAUGAAGAGGAACUUGAAUCUAUUCAAACUUCAGAAAGGAAGAGAGAGAUCAAGCAAGAAUCUCCAGUCUUGAACAGCAAUAAACUUGAAGAUGACUCCAGCAAUCUUCCUAGCAGACUUCUGUUGACUGAGUUUAGAUCACUGGUUGUCAGCCACCCAAGACAGAACAGUGAGUUUACAGAAAAUACGAGCUACAAGGGGAAGAAAAAUUUCAAAAUGUUCCAAAAGGUAGCUUAUCCAGGGGCUGGACAACUUCCAUACAUUAUUGGGGGAUCAGAUCUGGUUGCUCACCAUGCUAAAAAGAAUUCAGAGCUAGAAGACUGGUUAAGGCAAGAAAUGGAGGAACAGAAUCGCCAUGCAAGAGAAGAAUCACUUGCUGAUGAUCUCUUCAGGUAUGAUCCUAAUGUGAAAAGAAGAAGAUAAACUGUGACCUGAACUUACAGAUUUUCAAUGGUUGUCUAGCAAAAGCUGCUAUUUCAUAGAUUUGCUGAUUAAAGUGUGUAACAUGCACCUACGUGCGACCAUUUGAGCAAUCUGUUAUUUUAAGACUUUUUAAGUCUUACUGUCAUUAAAGAAAAAGAAAUAUUUCUUCUCCUGUUUGGGGGAAACAUAAUUUGCUUCACAGUAAUGCUCUGUAAAAUACCAUAAAUACUUUGGGUUUCAUUUUAGGUCACUGGUCAAUGCUGUUGUGGAGAAAAAAGGAAGCUUGCAUCAGGUUUUUUGUCAUUUCAGAAAGGCUUUGUUAAUUAGAUUUUUUUAUACUGUCAAUUUUGUCUUGAGGUGUAGGUUUUUGAAGGCUUCAUGAAUAAGUAAGACCAAACUUUUUGUCUUAGUGAACAAGAAGUAUUUAAUAUUGAAAAGGUCGAGCUUCUUUCUGUUUUUGAAGUUGGUGGCAUCCAAUUAUUUGUAGCCAGCAACCAGUUUUGUGUGAUGGCAGAUUUGAAGCAAAUGUUUAAAUUCUAAAAUUCAGUUAUUUUUGCACUAUUAUGUCUUCAAAUCUUCAGGAUUUGUUUAAGCAACCUACAGUUAUACUAUAAACACUCUUACAAACUCAGGAAAAGAUACCAAGACUUUUGCAGCAGCAACAGUUUAAUUUUGCUUUCUUGGGAAGGGAGAGAGAGGCAGCUUUUUUCUCUACAAAUUCCCUUUCCUUUGCAUAUAGGACAGACCUAUGUUUGAAAAUGGCUGUUUAAGAAGAAAAGUUACAUAAGGAAAACCCAUAAGCUGCAUGAUGAGAACCAUCAGAUUGUAAAAGUUUGUGUGCAUUCCUCAGAAGUAUAAAUUCUGUU